UGAACAAUCUGUCAUUUUAAAAUCUGAUUGAAAGCCGUUCGCACGUAUCGCAUCUUCGGAUACAGGCUGUGAAAAUUAAAUUUCGUUUGUGUGUGUAUGUGUGUGGGUGUGACAACAUUUGUACACUGACGUUGGUUUAAGUUAUACAGAAACGUGAUAUAUAAUAAUGAAAGUAAAUUAGUUGUUUUAAAACUUUUUAUCGCGUUAUAGAAAACGUGCGCGCGUGCGCGCGCUUAUUUUAUUGUUAACUGUAGUUGCAUACAGAGGUGAUUAUCAAAAACUAAAGCAAUGAGAAAACAAUAAUUUUCUUUAAAUGCAAUAUUUAACAAAGAUGAAAAUGUUCUGGAAAUAUCUGUUACUCUACACUCUAAUAUUUUUGUACGGCGGCGCAGCGGACAAAUUACAUUCUGAUGAAGAUGCGCUUGAGCAAACUACAGAUAUAUCGCAACAAGAUGACACGGAUUACAGACUGCCAACGUCUGUCAAGCCUGUCUCAUACGACAUUAUCCUUAUAACUCAUUUGCCGAACAACUUCGAAUUUGACGGGUUUGUGAAAAUCAAUGUCUUAAUAGAGACUGAUACGCGAGAAAUUACUCUACACGUGGGACAACUUACAAUCUCGUAUCCCGUGAACGUUGUACAUAACAACACGCGCAUUGACGGUGUCACGUACAAAUACGACAACAUCACUGAAAAAUACACCCUCAGCAUCCCUAAACUUCUUACUAAAGGAGAAAGCCUGAUAAUCGGUUUUGACUACAAGGGAUUUCUUAAUGACAACAUGAUCGGAUUUUACAGAAGUUCUUAUUACGACGAGAAGACCGGGGAGCUCAAAUGGCUGGCCGCGACGCAGUUUCAAACCACUCACGCGAGACACGCUUUUCCGUGUUUCGACGAGCCGAGUUUCAAGGCAACAUUUAUCAUUCGCAUCUUGAGAAAUGAAAAGUACACUUGUCUCAGCAAUAUGCCGCUGACCAUGACUGUCAGUUCAUCACAAACGACCGUCUGGGACAUCUUCUACGAGAGCGUUCCCAUGUCCACUUACUUAGUGGCGUUCGUUAUUUCGGAAUUUGAUUCUCUCAAGAAUUCGGAACAGUUUAAAACAUGGGCCAGGCCGUCCGUUGUCAGUCAGAGCGAAUACGCGUUGACAAUCGGCGAUCAAGCUGUCAAACUGUUCGAAAAUAUGUUCCAAGAAGAAUACAAUCUUCCCAAAAUGGACAUGGUGGCUGUGCCCGAUUUUUCGGCGGGUGCCAUGGAAAAUUGGGGACUGAUUACGUAUCGCGAGUCUCGGAUGUUGUACGACAAGGAAGAAUCGUCGGCGCUGGCGCAACAGAGCGUGGCCUCCGUCGUCGUUCACGAAAUCACGCACAUGUGGUUCGGAAAUCUGGUGACACCCAGCUGGUGGAACUAUCUCUGGCUCAGCGAAGCUUUCGCCAGAUAUUUCCAAUACUUCGGGACCGCAGAAAUCGAGGCAUCGUGGAACAUGGGAGAGCAAUUCGUGGUCGAACAACAUCAGCCUGUUUUAAUAACGGACGGUCUUGAAUCUUCACGUCCGAUGACUCGCGAGGUUUUUAGUCAGUCGCAAAUCGCGGGAAUGGGAGACAGCAUUACCUAUCAAAAAGGAGCCAGUAUUGUUCGUAUGAUGAGACUUACUUUCAAUGACUUCGUCUUUCAAUCCGCACUAGUCAGCUACAUAAAAGACAACAAAAUAAAAGGCUUGAGUCAUCCGGAUGCUUUGUGGAAAGCAAUACAAGAUCACGUGACGAGCGCAAACUUGAAUCAAAAAAUAUCUGUGAAGGAAAUAAUGGAGACCUGGACCAUGCAAGCCGGAUAUCCCGUGAUAUCGGUAACCGUUAAAAACAAAAUCAUUGAUGUCACCCAAGAGCGCUUUCUUCUGAGAAAUUUAGACAACACUUUGAAAAAUGUGACUUGGUGGAUCCCUCUCACCUGGACCACGCAAAACAAACCAAACUUUACCCACACGAUCCCACAACAGUGGCUGUCUACCGAUAAAAUUGCUGAGAAAAUUUCCGUGAAUGUCACCGACAAAGAAUGGGUUAUAUUCAACAUUCAAUCAUCGGGUUUUUAUCGCGUACAAUACGAUAGAGAUGGAUGGAGACGGAUUUUCGACGUCUUGAACAGCGACAAGUUCGAAGAAAUUCACGUGUUAAACAGAGCCGGUAUCGUGGACGAUCUGUUAAAUCUGGGUAGAGCCGGUUAUCAAGAUUACGAUACGGUUCUGAAUGGCAUAAUGUAUCUUGCACGAGAAACGAAUUAUUUGCCGUUCAAAGCGGCAUUCAACGGUUUGGAUUAUUUGAAUAAGAAAUUUGCCGGAUACACAAAUCAUUCGUUAUUCAAGAAAUACGUCUUAUCUCUUAUCAGCGGCAGGCGCAAAGAAUUGGGAUACGAGGACAAGGACAGCGAUGAUAGACUAACCGUUUUAUUACGACGAGAGGUAAAUAAUUGGGCCUGCUUGAAUCUGGAGGACGAGGAAUGUAUAACGACUUAUUUGCACAAAUUCAAAAAGUGGAGACAAAAUAAAAUCCCUAUCAAACCGAAUGAAAGGACCGCAGCGUACUGCGUGGCAAUGAGAUAUGGCACUUCCGAUGACUGGGAAUUUUUAUGGAAUAAGUAUUACACCUCCAAUCAUGCGGCUGAUCAAACGGUGAUCAUAAGCGCUCUCGGAUGCAGCGAGAACGUCAACAUUUUGGAAAAAUAUCUAAAAUACGCCAUCGCCGGUUACGAAACCAGCCGAAUUCGCAAACAAGAAAGCACCAACGUAUUCGCUGCCGUUUACAACUCCGGCUUGAUCGGUGCCGAGUACGUACUCGAUUUCGUCGAGAAAUAUCACGAAGAGAUGGAGAAAUACUACGGAGGACAGAGUACGAUAGCCAGCAUCCUCAACGGGGCAUCGCAGCGUUUCUCCACGUCCAGAUUGGUAGACAGAUUUGAAAGCUUCAUAAAGAAUCACGAAACUAAAUUAGCGUCGAUAAAAAAAUCUCUAGAGUCCUCUCUGCGGAUCGCCAAGUACGAGUUGCGGUGGUUUAACGACACGUUGAAAUCUAUUGUUCCAUCGCUGCGUGAUCUUACCAAUGACAAAUCCAAUUAUCGCCAACUCGAGAAUAUAAAACCCACAAAAUACGAGAUUUACAUCAAACCUAAUCUCGAGGUGGAAAAUUUCACGUUCAACGGAAACGUGACGAUCGAGGCUGACGUUGAAUCUCCGACGUCGCAGAUCGUUCUGCACUCGGUUAAUAUCACGCACAAUUCGCUGACCUUAAUGGCGAACAACAAAAUACUGAAAGAUUUUAAGGAGAAUACAACCAUGAGCAAAUACGACUUCUUCAUAAUCGAUCUCGCACAGGAAUUGGCCGCUAAUACGAAACUGACUAUCAAAAUCGAAUACACGGGCUAUAUGAAUCCGCCGGAGCUUCGCGGCUUCUACAAGAGCUCGUACACAGAUGAAAACCAGAGAACUAGAUGGCUCGCGGCCACGCACUUGGAACCCGUCGGGGCGAGAAGAAUGUUCCCUUGCUUCGACGAACCCGGACUGAAAGCGAAAUUCACUCUUCACGUUAUUGUACCGCCAGGUUACAGCGCUUACAGCAACAUGGAGCGAAACACAAAACUCAACAACAAUUCCGUGUACAGCUUCCACGAGUCGGUGAAAAUGUCGACGUAUUUGGUGGCGGUUAUCAUUUCCGAUUUCAAGAUUGCGAGUAACAUUACGAAAGGUAGGGAAUAUGGAGUGCUCGCACGGCCCAACGCCAUUGAUCAAUCGUCUUACGCUCUGUCCGUGAUGUCGCCGCUCGUUAAUUUCUUCGAAACAACGUUCGGCCAACCGUAUCCAAUCUCGAAGCUGCACAUGGCCGCGCUACCGGAUUUCCCGUCGGGCGCGGGAGAAAAUUGGGGAUUGUUAACGUACAGAGAAUCGAAUUUGUUGUUCGACGAAGAUCAUUCGUCGAUUAUGAGCAACCAAACCAUCACAAACGUGAUCGCCCAUGAAAUUUCCCAUCAAUGGUUCGGUAAUCUGGUUACACCCACGUGGUGGGAUUAUCUGUGGUUGAACGAAGGAUUUGCCAGAUACUUCGAGUAUCACGCUCCCGCCCGGGCGUUGAACAAUUCAGUAGCGGAAUCGCAAUUCGUUGUGAACGUAUUACAUUCCGCGUUGGGAGCGGACAGUUCGACGUCCGCGCAUCCAUUGAAUCACCAUGUGAACAGUCCCGCCGAAAUUCGAAGUAAAUUCGACACGAUUACUUACGCCAAAGGUGCCAGUAUAUUGCGAAUGAUGGAAAAAACAUACGGAACGGAAGUGCUGUACGAGGCGUUCAGAUAUUAUCUCGAGAAAGGAAAGUACAAUUCCGUCACGCCGAAGGAUUUAUACGAGGCGUUGCAAGCGCAAGUGAAGGACAGGCACGAUGUCACGGCCUAUUGGGACAAAUGGACCACUCAAGCCGGCUAUCCCGUUGUUCAAGUCCAGGUCACGGUGUUUAACAAUAUGACUAACAUAUCUUUGACACAAGAACGUUUUUAUCUCAAGAAACCCGAGAACAAUUUUGACAAUGAUUCCGAUGUAUGGACCAUUCCGAUCACGUGGGUGCUUUCCGAUCAAUUGGAUUACGCUGACACCACGCCGAAGUUGUGGUUGACAACAAAAUCGCUGACGUAUAAUAUACCAGGCACAUUUAUGCUACUCAACAACAGGCAAUCGGGAUAUUACCGCGUGAAUUACGAGCACUAUUACUGGCAAACUCUGAUCAACCGUCUCAAGAGAGAUUACAACACUAUCCACGAGAUCAAUCGCGCGGCGUUAAUUGAUGAUCUUUUUAAUCUUGCAAGAGCAGGCGAUGUUGAUUACUCAUACGUUAUAUCAGCUACAGAGUACUUAAGACAAGGAGAGGACACCGAUUACCUUCCGUGGCUCGCAUUCUAUAACAAUCUUCCUUAUUUGAACGAUCGUUUUCGGGGAGGCGUGGUGGAAAAUCUGUACAAGAACUAUAUAGCAUCGGUUAUCGAACCGCUUUACGAUCAAAUGGACUUCGAUUAUAAGAAAAAGAAGAACAACAAAGAAAAUUUGUUAAAAAUACACACCUUCAAAUGGGCCUGCGAGUUCGAUGUAGCAGACUGCAAAUACAGAGCUCUGAGAUAUUUCAAGGAUCAGUAUAGGAGGAACAUACCAGUACCACCAAAUUAUCGCAGCGUCGUUUAUUGCACGGCAAUGAAGAUGGACGUUACAAACACCACUUUCACGCUGCUAUGGAAGGAAUAUUUAAAAAGCAAUGUCGUCUCAGACAAACUUGUGAUUCUUAGUUCGCUGGCGUGUUCACAAGAUAGACAAAUUUUAGAAAAGUUGUUACUGGACGCGAUCAAAGAGGAUCAUAUACGCUAUCAGGACAACGCGAAGGUAUUCUCGAGCGUUUACGGUGCGAGUUCAGUUGGCGUUGAGGCCGUCAUAAAUACAAUUCGAAAUCACUACGAUCUCAUGCUGCGUCAAAACUACAACGAUUACAAGAAAAUCGCGACAAUAGUAAAUAAUCUAGCGAGCAAAGUAUCGACCGACAAUCUCUACAGUCAGUAUCAAGACUUACUCGACUGGCUGGUGGAGAAUAAACCGGAGUUCCUGAAACAUGUCAGAUCCUAUAUAAAGAAAGCGAAUUAUGAAAGAGAAUGGUAUACUAAAAACGGACCGAUAAUUUACGGAGAACUGGAUCGACGAACAAAUCCAAAUCUCUGGACGUAUCGCUUGUCGGACACACUUUAUCCGGAAUGGUACAACUUGAGCAUAAAACCUAACAUCGCGAACGGAACCUUCCAGGGAAGCGUGAAAAUAUGCAUGACACCUAAGAACAAGAUAGAGACUGAACCGUACCUACUUCUUAAUGCUCAUAAAAAUAUUCGUAUCAAACAAAUACGAGUCUACACUAGUUGCGAGCCGGGAUCUCCGAUUAAUCCGAUAACUGGUUGGGCUAAAACUUCCGAACAUGAAAUAAUAAAGAUAUUUGUGGAACAGUUUAUAUCCGGGGAAAGGAUAAGCUUGGAAAUCGAUUACACUGGAAUUAUUCGCGACGACAUGAAAGGAUUAUAUCGCAGUUCCUAUUUCGACAAGUCGGGAAAGCAACAAUGGUUAUUCGCGACGCAUUUCCAGCCUACGUACGCAAGACGAGUAUUCCCGUGUUUCGACGAGCCGAGAUUUAAAUCGCUAUUCACAAUUAACAUUAGAAGACCGCGCGACUACAUCACGCUAAGCAACAUGCCAGCGUUGGAACGUAAAUUGAACGAAGAAGACUACGUAUGGGACGUAUUCGAAGAAACAAAGGAAAAUGCGAGGAUGCCAACGUAUCUGGUGGCAUUUGUGAUCUCCAAAUUCACUUCUACGGAUACCGACAAGAGAGUCAGAGUAGUGAGUAGACCUGAAUUCAAGGAGUACGUCAAUUACGCUCAAGAGAUCGGCACGAAGCUUCUUAACUCGUUGGAAAUUUACUCACUUGUCGAAUAUCCUCUGAAAAAACUAGAUCUAGUUGGAAUUCCAGAUUUCGCUAUGGGCGCGAUGGAGAACUGGGGCCUAGCUACCUUCCGCGAACAUUUGCUUUUCCACGACGAAAACCAAGUUUCAGCCUCUUCCGAAAUCUCCAUAAUGACUACAAUAGCGCACGAACUUUCUCACAUGUGGUUCGGGAAUUUGGUUACUUGCGAAUGGUGGGAAUACAUUUGGCUUAACGAAGGUCUCGCGCAAUACAUGCAAUGGCACAUUUUUGACUUGAUACACAAAACUCACAAAUAUUCGGAACAAUUCGUGGUUUACGAGGUACAGUCCGCUCUGCAGAAAGACACCUACGCCACGCAUGCGAUGACAAACGCCGUUACAACACCUAAAGAAAUCGACAAUAUUUUCGACUAUGUGACUUAUGGAAAAUCCGCGUCUGUCCUACGGAUGAUAUUCGAAACACUCGCUCCUAAAAUCUCUGGCACAGGAUUUAUGCUCCACAAUUAUUUAAUCAAUCAGAUGAGAAACAACGGUUUAGCGAGACCUUCGGAUUUGUGGAAAGUGUUGGAUUUGUAUUACGGACCGAUAGAAAUUAAAAACAGACGCGUAAGCGUCGAGGAGGUAAUGAACACUUGGACCAAUCAAAUUGGAUAUCCCAUCGUACAAGUUGAACGCGUUGGCUUCGUCGUAAAAUUGCGUCAGAUACGCUUCAAAUCACGCUUUUCUUUAGUUCCCUUUUACUGGAUACCAAUUACUAUUUAUCUUCCUCAAAACGCUGAUUACCUCAUUCCGAGAAAUAAACUAUGGCUAGGACCGGAACCCGAGUCCGCUCACAUCGGUACCGUGAACGACGUGUUCAUCGUGAAUUAUCAGCAAGUCGGAUUCUACCGCGUCAUGUACGAUCCCGAUUCUUGGGCUAAUUUGAUCAACGAAUUGAACAGCACGAGCUUCGAGUCGAUUCACGUUUCGAGUCGCGCUCAAAUUAUCGACGAUCUCUUUUCGGUGACUCGCAUUAUAUUGCACACCUUCACAUCCUACGAGACAGUGAUGAACGCAACAACGUAUUUGAAACGAGAAACUCAUCAUUUGCCAUGGAAAGCGUUCUUUAACGGCAUGUCCCAUGUCUACGAGAGAUUCGAAGGCAAACGAUACCAGAAUACUCUUAGACGUUACAUUUUGACGUUAAUGUUCGAUUUAUACGUCAAAUUAGGCUUUUACGAUCGAGCCGACGACGAUCAUCUAACGAAAUUAAACAGAGAGUUGAUUCUUCAGUGGGCCUGCAAACUCGAUAAUCAGGAUUGUGUCCAACAGUCCGUGCGGAUGUUCAAUUCUUGGAUUAUCGAGAACAAAAGCGUUCCACCUAACGCGCGACAAGCUGUUUAUUGCACCGCAAUAAGAAAAUCAAACUCGACUGAUGAGUGGUACCGAUUGUGGGACAGAUACACACAAACGAAAUACCCGCCGGAGAAGAAGAUCAUGAUCAACGCGCUCGGAUGCUCGAUGAAGGAAACGGUGCUCCACACCUACCUGGAAACAGCGAUCGAGAAUCCCUUCGUCAUUCGCAAACAAGACGCCAGGGCGGUAUUUACUUCCGUAUACAGCGCAAGUCAACUGGGAGUUAAUGUAACGCUCGAUUUCUUGAUAAACAACUUUCAAAAAGUCUCCGCUUUUUUCGGUAUGUCCAAUGUUCUAACUUUGUUCCAAGAAGUAGCAUCGCACAUAACGACCAAGGAUCAAUAUGACAAGUUAAGGUCCGUCGAAGGCAUACAAGGCAUACAACCCGCUCUUGAAGUUGCGGAAGAAAACUUGGAUUGGUACCUUAAUAGAGAAGGUUACUAUAUUGAAAGAUGGUUAGAAAAGUAUUUUGUCACGCCAAAGAAUAAUGAAGAAGAUGAUGAUGAUGAUAGACGUGGCAAUGUUUCUGUAAGAACAGAAUCAAUCAGUGUUAUUUUCACAAUUUUUGUUACUCUGAUAUCGUACUUUUUCGUUACUUUGAUAUUGUACUAAGCUAAACGAAAACAUCCGACAUUGAUCAUCCUGCGGAAGAUAAUAUACAUAUAUCAAAAACUUUUAUUUUUGUAAUUUAUAUAAGAAUGUAGUGUCUCUCUCUCUCUCUCUCUCU